CGAAAAAGCUGGAUAUUUCACUCCACUCGUCGCAACUCACAAGGGGCAGCCAGCGCCCGGACAUUUGGAAAUGCAAACCGCCUCCCCCUCCCCGGCUCCGUCCUCUCGGCUCCCCUCCGCGCCACCGCCGCUCCCUCGACCCGCCUUCCCCUCGGUCCGCCGCCGUGACCUACUCCUGCUCUCAGCGGCGCCUGUCCCACUCGCGUUGUCCCCAGCGGCCGCCUCGGCGCGCGGGCUGUUCCGCAUGCCGCCGCCGGGGCUGGCCAACCGCUACUUCCUGGUGCGCGCGGGCGAGUCGGUGUACGAGGGGCAGGGGCUCCUCCGCACCAACCCCGUCGCCAAGACCUCUGUCGACAGCGGCCUCUCCCCCGCCGGCCUCCGUCAGGCCGCCCGCGCCGCGCUCGAGCUCCGCCGCCUCGGCGCGUGCGAGGACGACUGCUGGAUAUGGCCAUCCAUCACCCAGCGAGCCUACCAGGCCGCUGAGAUCAUCGCCGCCGCCAAUAGCAUCAACCGCAGUAAAAUUGUGCCGGAGUAUAGUUUCUUGGACGCGCGAGGAUUGGGUGCGUACGAGGGGAAGAGGUUGGAAGUAUUACCUGAGGUGUAUGCAUCUGACAAUAUUUCGUCAGACAUCAAACCCCCUCCUACCAAUGACGGUACACCUAACGAGAGCGUUGCAGACGUAUUUGUUCGGGUAACACAACUCAUGUCAAUACUGGAGACCCAGUACUCAGGGGAUACUGUAGUCAUUGUUUCGCCAGACUCCGACAAUUUAUCAAUUCUUCAAGCUGGGUUGAUAGGGCUGGACCUCCGGAGGCAUAACAGCCUGUUCUUUCAACCCGGUGAGGUCCGACCUGUUGAUCCUGCCAGCAUACCUGAAUACAAGCAACCGGCUUCUACAGUUUAUAAGUGUACAAAUCCACCGAGCUGCAAAUAAUUCACUUCUUGUCACCAACGUUCCAUAUUCUCUGUACAUGAAUGGAUAUUUUCUUGACAUUGUAUAGUUGAAUGGCUGUGUGUAACUGGAAAUAUGUUCUUUGUGGCACAUUUGGCAGCCAGCAAAUCAGGUGUAUUGUAUAAUGAAUAUAAGUUGUAUUGUUAUUUGGAAAUGAAGGAACAAUUGUUGUGAUCGUUCA